GGUGGUUCUAAAAGUGGUUCUAAAAUUCGUGGAUUAAUUAACUCAAUGAGAUACUUUAUAUUUUAAUUAUCACUUGCACUUUCACAAUCGAUAAAAGACUAUAAACUAUAUCAGUUCGUAUGUCCUUCUCUUUCGCGCUAAUUGCGGUAUUGGCUGUCCCCCUCGCGAUGGGAGUCUUUUACCACAAGGACCCCCCCUAAAUUUCGCCGGAUUUUAUGCGAGUAUAUAAAACAAUACUCGAGCGGUUUCGAUUUCGAAUUCGAUUAUUCAAUGAAAGUUACGCAAUUGCGGAGAACGUGUUGAAUAUUAUAUCUUUCGGUUAUUCCAUCCGAGUGUGCGUCGGUAUGACCGGUAAAUUAGCGCUAUAUUUCGCCGUAUUCUUCGUAAUUCGAGCUGAAAAUGCGGAGAAGAAAUGGAGUUGGGGCGGUGAAGAUAGAGAGAAAGGAAGAAGCGAUGUCUUGAGCGAAGAGGCUUCAGGAAGAUACGCAGUCAUCGAAAACGAUGAUUACUACCCAUCAGGAGGAUCAUCUUUCGGGCAAUACAAUCCCAAUCACAAUCCCGGAAUAAGCAGGCCCCCCAACGUCCCCAUCAAUGGAAUCUACGACGCCAACAACCAAUUAUACGGCGCCGGGCACAGCCAGUACCGUCCCGGCGCUUUCUCUGGGCCUUCGCCCUUCGGACAACCCGGGGGCCCCUUCAAAGAGUUCGAUCGAUGCAAAUGCACCGAAAGAUUCAACUGCAACAGCCCCGGGAUUUCAUACGGCCACUGCGACGUGGGCAAGCGGUACUGUUGCUAUUCGACGAGCGAAAGGGGCCAAGCGGGGGGGCCGCUGCCUUCCAGGCCGGUGCAUUCGAUAGAAAACGGAGUUUUGGUGGGGCCCGGGGGUCCGGCGGGAGGCGGUCACUUCCAGCGACCUUCGGGGGACUUCGGGGGGCCCGUCAGGCCGGGGGGUUACAGGCCGAAUCGGCCGCCCGGUGGAGGUGGAUUCGGAUUAGGAGGUCAGAACGUGUACGGUCCAGAAAACGGGAUUUUGGUGGGUCCAGGUGCCAAUAGGCCGAAUUUCGGAAUAUACGCCAGAACUGCCGCCGAUAAAAAUGAUUAAUUCGAUCUCAACGUGAAUAAUUUAUACCACCCGAUGAUUGGGUAUUUUGUUAAGAGUUGGAGAAG